GAUGAUGAAGAAGAGGACCUAUGAUCUGCCUCUCUCCUUUCUCCCAUUACUUUGUACAUAUACCUGCUCUCUGUAUAUUUAUGUACAGGUUCAUGAGUAGAACUACAGUUAUAGGAUUUUUUACCAUGUGUGUAAGACUGAAGAGAGGCGUAAGGCCUCUGGUAUUGAAAUUUGGGGUGGCAUUGGCUCUCUCUCUUGGCGGGGUUCUCUAUACUGUUCUCAGAAGCAAACGGAUUGAACCCGGUGAACCUCCAGGCUCACCGCAUCCAAUGGAUUGUGACAAUCAAGAUGAUAAGGGAGAGGAAAAAGCUGGGCUGGGAAAUGAUCAUCAUGCCUCAAAGACAACAUUUUGUUCUUGCAAUCCUGAUUCAAUUGCACCGGAGAAAUGGGAAGAGUCAUGUGUCCAGAUGGUUACCAUUGACAAUACCACCUCUUGUCUCUCCCCAAGCAGUAGAUAUGAUGGAGAAAAAGAUGGGUUCCUCUUGACAAAGUUUAAUGGGCUAGUGAAAGAAUUAGAUUUGGCAGCCACCAAGGCUGACAUUUCUCCCGUGAAAGGUGUGGAAGCAUUCAAGUCAGAUUUAGAAACUACUACAGCAUUUAGAAUUGUGGAAAGUGUUGACCAUGAGCAAGAGAUCAAUAACCUCAGGAAUAUGGUCAGAUUUCUCAGAGAGAGGGAGAGAGCUCUUGAGAUCCAAUUGCUCGACUAUUAUGGACUUAAAGAGCAAGAAACUGCUGUCAUGGAGCUCCAGAAUCGACUGAAGAUAAACCAUAUAGAGGCUAAGCUUUUUACUCUAAAGCUUGAGUCCUUGCAGGCAGAUAAUGAAAGAUUAGAGGCACGAGUGGACGAUUAUGUAGAAGUCGUGGCAGAACUUGAAGCUGCAAGAGCAAAGAUAAAGCUGCUCAAGAAGAAACUUAGGUCUGAAGCUGAACAGAACAAGGAGCAGAUCUUAGCCCUUCAAGAUAAAGUCACAGAGCUGCAGGAUCGGGAACACAAGGCUGUUGCAAAUGAUCCGGAUAUACAAUUGAAGCUGCAAAGACUCAAGGAUGUGGAGGAGGAGGCAGAGGAGUUAAGGAAGUCAAAUCGUAGUUUGUGGCUAGAAAAUUCUGAUUUGGCUCAGAGGUUGGAAUCCACUCAAAUCCUUGCAAUUUCUGUUUUGGAAGAUCAUGAGGCAGAACCUUUAACCGAAGAAAACAACCGUUUAAGGCAAGAAAAUGAAGGUUUAGUGAAGGAAAUUGAGGGACUUCAAGCAGAUCGGUGUGCUGAUGCUGAAGAAGUAGUCUAUCUUCGAUGGAUAAAUGCCUGUUUACGUUAUGAGCUGAGGAAUUAUCAGCCAGGAACUGGUAAAACAAUUGCUAGAGACCUUAGCAAAACCUUAAGCCCCGAUUCAGAAAAUAAAGCAAAGCAGCUAAUACUUGAAUAUGCAAAUCGGGAAUGCCUGGAAGAAAGGGGUAUAAAUAAUGUGGAGUUUGAUUCUGACCGGUGUUCUUCCUCCCAAUCUUCCUUUCUUACAGACUCUGGUGAAUUUGAUGAUUCUUCUGGUGAUAAUUCAUCUGCAAACAGAAGCAGCAAUUCCAGCAAAACAAAACUUUUCACCAAGCUUAGGAGACUUUUACGAGGACAUGAAAGUCAUCCUCAUAGUCAAAGUUCAUCCCUAGAUAGAAAUUCACCUGUGGGGGACGUGGUGGGAGCAUAUUGUAAUUUUCCGCGGUGCAAUUCAAGUGUUUCAGUAGGGAUGGAUGCCAGAAUGGAUGGAAAUGAUAAUAGAUUGAGAACUACAUCUCACGUUUUAUCUAGACAUUCUUCGUAUCUGCAUAGAUAUAGGAAUGCAAAAGUAGAGCAUACCAAGGAUUUGGAAAGCUUUCGAAAAAGCAGUGACAUGGGAUCUUCAGGUGUUUAUAAAAGAUUUGCUUCGGCCAAGGAAGCUGCUACUGGUUCACGCCGAGUAAACCAACUUCAUCAAGAAUCAGAAAGCAUUCAGAGAGCUGAAUUGUUGAAAUAUGCAGAAGCUUUGAAGGCCUCCCAUAGUUCAAGAUUUCACGGCGGAUCAGCAUCAUUUGGUUCCUUCUGACAUUUUUAUAUCUUCUGAAAUUUAUGUCAAUAGUGAAGUAUGUGUUUCAAACUCAAUAUAUGCAUACCUUUUUAGUUUGUCAAGGGUAUGGUAGUGAAUGCCCCAUUUUCCUUUUUCAUCAUUAGAAAUCAUUUUGAAACUAAUUUUGCAAAAUGAAAAGUAGUUUCAGUCAAUGAUUGAUUGUUCAUCCAUCCCACAUUGUUGUUGGAUGCAUCAAACAAAAAGUUCCGUUGUAUUGUUCCCUCUUCUGUAAGUUCACAAAGAAAUUAUUUUGCUUCUUUCUGGUGUUGGCCCUACAGUCUACAAUUGAAUGUAAUA